GUGUGUGUCGGAGAGAGAGCGAGAGAAAGAGUUUUUUUUCAUUCUGCUCUUUCCUCCUGUUCCCUCUCUCUUUAGGCAAGCAGAGCGCAGUGGGACUGAGUGAGGAGGAGAAGACGUGCGCACACCACAGCCACUCCACACAACCAAGGCAGGAGAAGAGUUUGCAAGGAGAUUUUUUGGGGAGGGAUAGCAAACUCCAAAAGAAAACUACAAGACCAAAACAAAAAAAAAAGGAAUUUGCCUUGCUGAACUCCUCAAAGGAAAUUAUACUGUUUUAUUAUCUUGCCUGACAAUAUAGACUUUUGUUUUUUUUAGUGGGACUUCUUAGGAGGUGGACAGGAAGAAAUAAGUCAGGCUGGGAUGGUGUUGACAAUGCCAGGCAAAAGGAUGUAUUUCGGCCCGCUGGAGCUGUGCGCGUGGGGCGUGAUGCUGUGCGCCUUGCUGCCGGCCAGCGCGGGCGCCUGCCCUGCCCUGUGUACCUGCAGCGGCACCACAGUCGACUGCCACGGACUGGGGCUCAGGACCAUGCCCAGGAAUAUCCCACGUAACACCGAGAGGCUUGAGCUGAAUGGAAACAAUCUCACACGCAUCACCAAGACUGACCUUGCCGGGCUCAAAUACAUCCGAGUUCUGCAACUGAUGGAGAAUCAGAUUACCGCCAUCGAGCGUGGGGCUUUUGAUGACAUGAAAGAGCUCGAGAGACUGCGCCUGAACCGUAAUCAAGUGCAGCAGCUUCCAGAGUUGCUCUUUCAGAAGAACCCUGGCCUGUCUCGUCUGGAUCUGAGCGAAAACCUCAUCCAGUCCAUCCCAAGAAAAGCUUUCCGAGGAGCUACAGACAUCAAAAACCUUCAGCUGGAUAAAAACCACAUCGGCUGUAUCGAGGACGGCGCCUUCAGAGCCUUGCGAAGCUUGGAAGUGCUAACCCUGAACAACAACAACAUCAGCAGCAUCCCCGUUUCCAGCUUCAACCACAUGCCCAAACUGCGAACCUUCCGUCUCCACUCCAAUAAUCUCAACUGUGACUGUCAUCUGGCCUGGCUUGCCCAGUGGCUCCGACAGCGGCCUACCAUUGGUCUGUUCACUCAGUGCACGGCACCGCCCGAGCUCAAAGGUCUCAAUGUGGCCGAGGUUCAGAAACACGAAUUCAGCUGUUCGGGCUACCAGGAUUCAUCCAGUCCACAACCGUGCAACACGGGCGGCGGAUCUUGUCCCGCUAUGUGUACGUGCAGCAACAAUAUUGUGGACUGUAGAGGGAAGGGUCUGACUGACAUCCCAGCCAACCUGCCAGACAGCAUGGCCGAAAUACGUCUGGAGCAGAAUGGGAUCAAGACAGUUCCUCCAGGAGCUUUCUCUCCCUACAAGAAACUGCGCAGGAUAGACCUGAGCAACAACCAGAUCUCGGAAAUCGCUCCAGACGCCUUCCAGGGUCUGCGCUCCCUCAACUCACUCGUGUUGUAUGGAAAUAAGAUCACCGACCUGCCCAAGGGUGUCUUUGAUGGCCUCUAUGCCCUGCAACUGCUUUUGCUGAACGCCAACAAGAUUCACUGCAUCCGUGCCAACACCUUCCAGGACCUGCAGAACCUCUCGCUGCUGUCGCUCUACGACAACAAGAUCCAAAUCUUGGCCAAGGGCACCUUCGCUUCACUGCGAGCUAUACAGACCCUCCACCUGGCCCAGAAUCCAUUCAUCUGCGACUGUAACUUGAAGUGGCUGGCCGACUACCUGCGCUCCAACCCCAUCGAGACCAGCGGCGCCCGCUGCGCCAGCCCCCGUCGGCUGGCCAACAAACGCAUUGGACAAAUCAAAAGCAAGAAAUUCCGAUGCUCCGCCAAGGAGCAGUACUUCAUCCCAGGUGCCGAGGAUGCCCGACUGAAUAACGCCUGCAACAGCGAUCCGGUGUGUCCUCCCAAGUGCCGCUGCGAGUCUAAUGUGGUGGACUGCUCCAACCUGAAGCUCACCAAGAUCCCUGAGCACAUCCCGUCAUCCACCACUGAGCUGCGCCUCAACAACAAUGACAUCACCACUCUGGAGGCCACCGGCGUGUUCAAGAGCCUUACCCAGCUCAAGAAAAUCAACCUGAGCAAUAACAAAAUCACAGAGAUUGAAGACGGCGCUUUCGAAGGCGCCUCGUCCGUCAACGAGCUUCACCUCACAGCCAAUCAGAUUGACACGGUCCGGAGUGAGAUGUUCCGUGGCCUGGAAGGGCUGCGCAUGCUAAUGCUGAGGAACAACAAGAUCAGCUGUAUCCACAACGACAGUUUCACCGGCCUCCACAACGUGCGUCUGCUGUCUCUCUACGACAACCAGUUGACCACCAUCACGCCUGGAGCCUUCGAUACCCUGCAGACCCUCUCCACCCUGAACCUUCUGGCCAACUCCUUCAACUGCGACUGCCGGCUGUCUUGGCUGGGAGACUGGCUGAGGAGCAAGAAGAUCGUCACGGGGAACCCUCGCUGCCAGCGUCCGGCAUUCCUCAAGGAGAUCCCCUUGCAGGAUGUAGCGCUGCCCGAUUUCCGUUGUGAGGAAGGCCACGAGGACUCAAGCUGUGUGCCCAGACCUCAGUGCCCCAGCGAGUGCACUUGCCUGGAGACGGUGGUUCGCUGCAGUAACAAGCACCUCCGCACACUGCCUAAAGGAAUCCCCAGAAAUGUGACUGAACUGUAUCUGGAUGGAAACCAAUUCAGCGUGCUACCAAAGGAGCUGUCCUCCUUUAAGUUCCUUCAGCUGGUGGAUCUGAGCAACAACAAGAUCAGUUCUCUGACCAACUCUUCUUUCGCCAACAUGAGCCAACUCACCACCUUAAUCUUGAGCUACAACGCCUUACGCUGCAUUCCCAAAAUGGCCUUUAGUGGACUGCACUCCCUCCGGCUACUGUCUCUCCAUGGCAACGAAAUCUCCGAGCUUCCUGAUGGCAUCUUCAGUGACGUGUCCUCUCUUUCCCACUUAGCAAUCGGCGCCAAUCCACUAUACUGCGACUGCCGCCUGCGCUGGUUGUCAGACUGGGUCAAGACUGGAUACAAAGAGCCCGGCAUCGCCCGCUGCGCUGGUCCACGUGGUCUGGAGGGGAAACUUCUGCUCACCACACCAGCAAAGAAGUUUGAAUGCACGGGUGAGGUGGACACAACAGUACUGGCCAAGUGUAACCCGUGUCUGUCCAGCCCAUGUCAAAACCAAGGCGUGUGUCAUAGCGACCCAGUCGACAUCUACAGGUGCAACUGUGCUCCGGGUUUCAAGGGCAAGAACUGCGAGACAGCUCUAAACGCAUGCGUGAACAACCCUUGUGCCAACGGCGGGCGAUGCCAAGUGGAUGAGGAAGACGAGGGACAGUACAGCUGCACAUGUCCGCUGGGUUUCGAGGGCCCCACCUGCCAGACCAAUGUUGACGACUGCGAGGACAAUGACUGUGAGAACGGCGCCACCUGCAUCGACAGAGUCAACAACUACACUUGUUUUUGUCCACCCUACUACACAGGGGAGAUGUGUGAGGAAAUGGAGGACGUGUGCGCCCCAGGACGAAGCCCCUGCCAACAUCAGUCUACCUGCCUCAUCACUUCAUCCGGGCCCAAGUGCGUGUGCGCUCCUGGUUACGUGGGUGACGACUGCAGAGUGGACUACGACGAUUGCCAGGAGCAUCGCUGUCAGAAUGAAGCCCAGUGUGUGGACGAAGUGAACGGAUACACCUGUCAGUGUGAGGAAGGCUACAGCGGUCAGCUGUGUGAGGUUCCUCCUUCGCCGUUAUCCCUGUGCGAGCUGGCCGACUGUCAGAACGACGCCCCCUGUGUGGAGCGGGGCGGCCGCGCCCUCUGCCAAUGCCCCCCGGAGUUUGGCGGGCCGCGUUGCGAGAAACUAGUCAGCGUCAACUUUGUGGACAGAGACUCCUACCUGCUUCUCUCCGACCUCAAGAACUGGCCGCAGGCCAACAUCACUCUACAGGUUUCCACGGCAGAGGACAAUGGCAUCCUCUUGUACAACGGCGACAAUGAUCACAUUGCGGUGGAGCUGUACCAAGGUCACGUAAAGGUCAGCUAUGACCCUGGCAGCCAGCCCGGCCAUGCCAUCUACAGUGCCGAGACCAUCAACGACGGUCAGUUCCACACGGUGGAGCUGGUCACAUUGGACCAGAUGAUGAACCUGUCCAUUGACGGGGGCCUCCCCACCACCAUGGACAGCUUCGGGGCGGUGCGGCCCCUUAACGGAGAGGCUCCACUAUACGUGGGGGGGAUGCCGGUCGGCGUGCACCCAGGCGCCUUCCGUCUGUGGCAGAUCCAGAACAGCUCUAGCUUCCACGGCUGCAUCCAGAAUCUGUACAUCAACAACGAGUUACAAGACUUCACCAAGACCCAGAUGAAGCCCGGUGUGGUGCCGGGCUGCGAGCCCUGCAAGAAGAUUUACUGCGUGCACGGCAUCUGCCAGCCCGACGGCCUCCAGGGGCCCGUGUGCCACUGCCGGCCGGGCUGGGUUGGACCACAGUGCGACCUCCCGGCUGCCAACCCCUGUCAAGGCAGCAAGUAUGUUAACCACAGCACAACCAUAAAUUUGUGUCCUACAUUAAAAGGGACGAUAUGUGUUUUUAGAUGUGUCCACGGCCGGUGUAUCCCGCUGGACAGCGAGUCAUACCGCUGCGAAUGUAGCGAGGGCUACCGCGGUGCGUUGUGCAACCAACAAGGGGAGCUGUUCAACCCCUGCCGCCGGCUUAACUGCAAACAUGGCCGCUGCCAGAUUUCCGACACGGGAGACGCCUAUUGUCACUGCGAGAAUGGCUACACCGGGGAUCUCUGUGAUGCAGAGUCGGCGUGCCAGGGUGAGCCCAUGCGGGAUUUCUACCAGGUGCAGAGGGGCUACGCCAUCUGCCAGACGACACGCACCGUGUCCUGGGUGGAAUGCAGUGGCAUGUGCGAGACGGGAGCUUGCUGCGGCAGCCAGCGAAUGAAGCGUCGGAAAUACACCUUUGAGUGCAGCGACGGCAGGACCUUCAUCGAGGAGGUGGAGAAGAGCAUCAAGUGUGGCUGCGUGGGCUGUGCCGUCUAGACCGCAAUGGAAAUGAGAGAUUCUAAAGAAUAUAUAUAAAACCUCUAUCUAUAUAUUAUGGACUCUGAUGCUUGUAAAAUAGGACAUGUGCUUUGUGAGUUGCAGUAUCACAGAAUCUCAACUCAAAAGGCUCCAGAGAUUUUUUUUUCCCCCCACAAACAGCAGUGAGGACAGUGUGUGGGGAGGAAUGAAAGGAGAGCUGGACUGUUGACCAAGCCGAGUGCCACAUGAGAGGAAGUUGUUUGUCAACCAUACACAUCCACGCACACGCGAAGAAGAUGUUCGAGUGGCACAUAAUCAAGUGCGGAUGCAGUGACUAACUGGGCUCCACAAGUCCCCCAGCAUGCAUUGCCCCCUCCCUCUAGCAGGGGGCUAUCUAGCGUCUCCUCUGCUUGACACCUGCAGUAUUAAAAACAAGAGGAGCAAAAACUUUGCUGAUAAAAAAACACAUAAAACGCGAUAAUUAAUUGAUUUGAUGGUUAUUUUUUUCUGUUGAAAUCAUUUUAUUUUCUCAUUUUUUUGUUUGUUGUAUUUUAUUUCACCAUGUAACCUUCAAAAAAAGAAAUCUCCCCGUUUAUAUAGAAAAGCCUAACAGAUUCUAAUAUAUAUAUAUAUAAAUAUAUAUUUGUAUUUCUUUUGGGGUUUUUUUGGUAUAGUAUUUUUCUAUGUUACGUGGAAGGUUGUUGGUAAAAGGCGCUGGCUUGGUCUUUUUACUUUAUAAAUAAUUUGCCCAACAUUUAAUGGCAAGUAGUAAUGGGCCACACACACACACACACACACGCACACAUCUAAAAAUACAAAAACAGAAUAUUUUAGGAAUGUUUAAUUUAGUAGUUCAAAUUAAACACAUUGCACAGGUUAAACAUAUGAAAAUAUUUUUCAAAAAACAAUUCUUACCUAAUUUCCAUAUUAAAAACGUUUUCAUUGUUUGUUACAUAAUACAAGAGAAUUUGUUGGAGUCAUCUGAAAUUUGGGUUUAUGUUAGCGGUAAACUAUAAUCAUCCAAAUUAGAAAGAAAUCAAAUCGUGAAAUACUUUACUGUGUGUAGUGAACUGGAACUACUGAAAUAUAUAGAUUUUCCUAAAAUAUUCAAAUAUUCUGCAGUGCAUCUGUACACGUAACAGAGCCACUGCUGGUCUGCUCGAGAACUCUGUCAUUAAAUAUUGUAUAUGUCGUCUUCCGUGUGAAUAUUACAUCACAUUCAUGAGCACAUCGGCUUGUUUUCGCUCCUUUUCUUAUUUAUUUUUUCGUACAGCAAUGCGUUUAAUUGCAUUGUAUUUUUCCUGAUAUUUUCAAAAACACAAAAAAGAAGAAAAAGAUGAAAAAAAAUCAAUUUAAAAAUAAUUAAACUAAAGUUAAACAUGCAUCAUAAGCUGCUGUCACGCAUGAGUUGUGUUAGGAAUAAUAACAGCCACACAACUGUUGACAUAUAAUGAGAAGUCAGGACAUUUUCUAGCUGGUAUUCCGAAAAAAAAAAGGGGGGAAGGGGGGGGUUCUUGAGGUGCCAAUUGCAGUGAGCACAUAGCUGAAUGUAUAAAUGUGUACAGAUAUUAAAUAUGCUUAUUCAUGAAGUGGUAACUUUUAGCUGUGCUUUAGUUUAGAAUGGAUCACAUAAUGUUCUGGGAUUGGGAUUCUGGUGAUUAUGUAACCGUACGGACGCUCACCGUCCUCCUUCUAAGCCGUGGGCCUCAUAAAGGCACACCUUUUGUGGAAUGUGACUUUUCUUUUUCUUGGCUUCCGUCAGUUCACGUCUCCUUGGUGUGCAAGUACAACUUCUUGGUAGCCAUCUUAGUGGUGCUUGUGCUUUAUUGAGAUGUUCUGUAACUCAAUCAGUAAGACUCUCUAUCAUAUGAGCUAUGAUAACUAUUUUCUUGUAAACCACACAAUGUUGUAAAAAGACUUUGUUUCUCUGUCACAUGACUUGAUGGUGGGAUUGAAGUGAAAUAAGUCCCAAAAUGAUGCUGAAUGUAUGUAGUGCCACCGACAAAAUGUUUACCAAACCUCCACUCUUUUCAUUCAUUAAACUUCUAUGUGUGUGCUUUUAUCAA